CACAGGGCCAACAUUCCAUUCUAUACUCCGGUGGCAGCACAGACCAGCGAGUCGGCAGGGCUGCAGACAAGCGCCGAUCGAUUUUUCGGGUCGCGCUCUACAACACACUCUCUGCUGUAUACAAGCGAGAAAGAGAGAGUAGACGAACGCGAAAUGAGAGCGUCGUCGGCCGGUGCUGCAGUAGCAUCAGUAUAUAGUGUACGUUGCGCUUACGAGGAUGCCGCCGCCGCCGCCGCCGCCGCCGUUGCCGUUGAUCGAGUUGUUGUUGUUGUUCGCGACAGCUGAAUCCUUCGGAUGGAGAUAAUACAGCAUAUUCCGCCGCUUUUGCUAGCAUCGUUGCUGCUGCUUUGGGCAUAUAGCUUGGAGUGCGCGUCUGCGACGUGUCUACAGAGGCGACCUGUUUACGGAACUAGCUCGCUGUGUGCGCGUAUAUAGUGCAGUGAGGGGCCGGCGAAUUUCUCGGCCAUCGCCGCAGUCCGAGUGACGCCCGGAGUCAUGGAUCACCAUCACCGUCGAGGACGUGGUCGUAGCUACCUGGCAGCUAUGCUGAGACGGCGACUGCCGAUUUGCGCCUGGUUACCCACCUACAACUCGGACAAACUCUUCAGCGAUGCCAUCGCCGGAAUUACCGUCGGGCUUACCGUCAUGCCUCAGGGACUCGCUUACGCGACUCUUGCCGGACUCGAGCCUCAGUACGGAUUGUACUCGGCGUUCAUAGGUGCGGUGAUCUACGUGAUUUUCGGCUCGUGCAAGGACAUAACCAUCGGACCGACCGCAUUGAUGGCCCUGAUGACGCACCAGUAUGUCCAGGGCCGGAGCGUCGACUUCGCCAUACUCCUGGCCUUCUUGUCCGGCUGCAUGCAACUACUCAUGGCUGCCCUUCGACUAGGCGUGCUGGUGGACUUCAUAUCGAUACCGGUGACGGUCGGCUUCACCUCGGCUACGUCUGUGGUAAUCGUGGCCACGCAGUUGAAGGGACUGCUGGGACUGCACAUCAAGCCUCAAGGUUUCAUGGACACGAUCCAGCAAGUCUUCAGGCAUAUAAACGAGACCAGUCCCUGGGACACCUGCAUGAGCUUCACUUGCAUCGUUGUUCUGCUGUUCUUUAGAAAACUGAAGGAUGUGAAAUUCUGCGGUGCCGGUGAGAAACCAACGAAGCGCCAACGCAUCUUUACCAAGGCCCUCUGGCUCAUCUCCACAGCUCGCAACGCGAUAGUCGUCGUCAUCUGCUCUACCAUCGCCUAUAAGCUCGAGACUUCCUCGAGCUCGCCGUUCGUCCUCACGGGUCCUGUAAGAGCAGGUUUGCCGAGCUUCAGUCUGCCGCCGUUUUCAACGCAAGUGAAUAACCGCACGCUCAACUUCAUGGAGAUGUGCACCGAGCUUGGACCGUCCAUCGUUCUCGUACCCAUCAUCGGUGUUCUGGGAAACGUAGCCAUAGCCAAGGCAUUCGCGAGUGGCCAUCAGGUAGAUGCCACGCAGGAAUUGAUAACGCUUGGAAUAUGCAACGUACUGGGCUCUUGCGCGAGCUCCAUGCCCGUGACUGGAUCGUUCAGUAGAUCGGCUGUUAAUCACGCCAGCGGUGUCAAAACUCCUAUGGGAGGUCUGUACACCGCGAUACUGAUUCUUCUCGCUCUCACGUUGCUCACGCCGUACUUUUACUUUAUUCCGAAAGCAUCGCUGGCAGCCGUAAUCAUAUGCGCCGUGAUCUACAUGAUCGAGUACGAGGUAGUGAAGCUCAUGUGGAGGUCUAGUAAGAAGGAUCUCAUCCCGAUGUUUGCAACGUUCUUCCUGUGCCUUGUUAUUGGAGUGGAAUACGGAAUCGUUGCUGGCGUUGGCAUUAAUUUAGUAUUUUUACUGUAUCCGUCGGCACGACCGCAGGUUCACGUGGAGAAGUACUUUACGGAUUCGGGAGCAGAGUAUCUAUCGGUGACGCCCGGAAACAGUCUUUACUUCCCUGCGGUGGACUUCAUCAAGCAGUCGGUUGGAAAUGCCGGAAUCACAGAGGGUUCCAGUCAGAUACCGGUGGUCGUUGAUUGUAGAUACGUCCUUGGUGCCGACUUCACUGCUGCUAAAGGAAUUGCUGCUUUGAUAAGCGAAUUCAACAGUAGAAAGCAAGGACUGUACUUUUACAAUCCGAGAUCCGACGUUGUUGCCGUUCUAAAAGGAGCUUGUGGAGAAGACUUCCAGUAUGUGUCCACUAGGGAGGAGCUCUCUUACUUACUGCAAAGCACUAGAGAAAAAUCAUCACACCAGCUUCUGGAGAUUCAUCGAGACAGAAGCGAGCCUUUAAUGAGCAAUCCAGAAUUGAUCCAUAGGAGCGUACAUGCGUCUAGCCAGGAGUUGAGCGAGGUCAAGACGACGCUCUUACACGCCACCGGUAGCUGAUAAGCUUGCUGAAAAACCUCUCUUACUUCAAAAAGUCUGUAAAAUGCUCUCUCACUAACCAUUAAGUUAAAGCGUAUUCCUGUACGCCAGGGAUGAAAAACGAAGCAUGCGCGACCAUCUUCUUUCGCUGGCUUUUUUCUUUGAAUAUCCUGAGUGUUAGAGAAGGUGAAAUCCGGAAUUCAUCGGCGUGUCUAGAUGCCAAUAGAAUUGAUUCUUAUUGUAUGUUAAAAGAGAGGAAAGGGGGCAAUAGAUGCACGAGGCUGCGCCUGUAAUUGUGAUUGUAAAUUGUAAUUUUCUAACCGAGAAAAAAUUAAAGUGUUAGUCUCUGUAGGGCAGAAGGCAAUUGUUCUCUUUUUAAUUUACAAUGAGAAUUAGACUGACGAUAAGUAUAUUGAACUCGCGAGGCCACAGCUGAGGAAGGAAUUAUUUUUGUAGUUUCAUUUACACCUUUCAAUAACGAAUUUUAAAAAAUAUCAGUGAUUACGAACAUUUCUCGAUUUCUAAUUAUCGAACUUUCAGUUACACACGCAGUACUUAGUCGAUAAGUAUAUAGUUUAAUGUCGCCAAUUGUUGACUCGUAGUUCAAAUAAUCAUUUACUUAAUUAAUCUACGAACAGUUGCUAGUUAGAGAUUCGAUUAAUUUAACGAUUGCUGAUAUUUUUAAUAAUCAGUAUUUUAGCAUAAACCAGUGAAAAAUAUAUACACCCAUUUCUUUGUUUACUUCGACACUAUUGACCUUUGUAAUAUUGUUAUUUAUUGAUUUAAUCGUGUUUAUUGUGCAACAUGAAUUAUUUUACAAAUCAUAGGCAGGUAUCAAAUUGAUACUUAAUUUUAAUAUAAAAAAUACCUUUUGAUACUGUUAAGAAUCUUAAUGAGUCUAUUAAUAAGUUUAUUAGAAUUAACAAAUUUAUACAUGUUUGUAUGCAAUCAUUAUUACUUUGAAUCGCAAAAAUUUGUUUACAAAGUACUAUAAAAUUUAAAUAUAAACAAAAAUAGUGUAAAAAGCA